AUGGCGAAAGAUAAUAAGCGAAAACGAUCCGAUACAAACGGGACCACCUCCUCAGGACCCGACACUUCCAAGCCCACCGCUGUGUUUACGCCCAGUGGCCCUCGCUCCACCACUCUUACUGUUGCUCUUCCUGGGAGCAUCAUCGCAAACGCCAAAUCGCACGACCAGAAGACCUACCUUGCCGGCACGCUCGCCCGCGCCUUCGCCGUCUUCUGUGUCGACGAGGUCGUGGUCUUCGAUGACCAGCCCGCCUCCGCCUCAUCUCGCUCCCGUCGCGGGAACGACAAUGAAGGUUAUACGGCACUAUCUGACCCAAGUCAUUUCUUGAUUCAUCUGCUGAGCUUCCUGGAGACGCCGCCACAUCUGAGGAAGACGCUGUUUCCUAUGCACGACAACCUAAGGACGGCAGGCACGUUACCCAGUUUGGACAUGCCGCAUCACCUGCGGUCGAACGAGUGGUGCCCCUACCGCGAGGGCGUCACGACUACGAAGUCUAAGGCAGGGACGAACGUGGAUGUCGGACUUGGUGACGACUAUCUCCUGCCUGGCGUGGAGAUUCCCGCGAAGACGCGAGUCACGGUGCGCUUGCCCGAGGACGAUAGCGUCGAAGCCGAAGCGGUGGCUCCAAGCACACCCAGGGAAGUGGAUGGAUUCUACUGGGGCUACACCAUCCGAAGAGCAACAUCGUUGUCUGCAGUCUUUACUGAGUGUCCAUUCGAUGGUGGCUAUGAUAUCAGCUUCGGGACCUCUGAACGCGGAAGAUCUGUCUCGUCGCUUACGCCAUCAGAUGUGCCCGAAUACCAACAUUUACUGCUGCUCUUUGGCGGCGUGGCCGGUCUAGAGACGGCGGCACGAAACGAUACAGACUUGAAGGAGAGGGGCAUCACCGGCGCCAAUGUCAGCGAGUUGUUCGAUUUCUGGGUCAAUCUGGUUCCAGGACAGGGCAGCCGAACGAUCCGCACGGAAGAGGCGGUCUGGUGCGGCUUAAUGGGCCUGAAAGGGAUUGUGGACGAGCGACGAGCAUCCGAAGCAGAUGUUUGA